CUAUCCUGACUUUCUCAGAACAGGAACAGAGGACUUAAGGUUUAGAAAAAGUCAUUCUGGCUCCAAGGCAUGCAGCCCUUGGAACCUAAAAUGAGUUCCUCCUGCUGGGUACAGAGCACUCCAGAUCCCAUCUACAUCCCUCACUUUCCCCAGUCUUCUCUCUAGACCACACUGCUCUCAGCCACCCCAUCUUCAGAUUUUCUUUCAGAGAUCAUUGGGGGUCGUGAGGCCAAGCCCCACUCCUAUCCCUAUAUGGCCUUUGUCCAGCGUCUGGUUGGAGACGACAAGUACAGAUGUGGUGGUGUCCUGGUACGAAAGAAAUUUGUCCUGACAGAUGCACACUGUAAGGGAAGCUCAAUAAAUGUCAUCCUUGGGGCCCACAACAUCAAGAAACAAGAGAAGACCCAGCAGGUCAUCCGUGUGAAAAGAGCCAUCCCACACCCAGACCAUGUUCCUGGAAGCUUCUCCAAUGACAUCAUGCUGCUGGAGCUGGAGAGAAAGGCCAAACAGACUAAAGCUGUGCAGCCCCUCAGACUGCAUGAGGCAAUGAGCCAGGUGAACCCAGGUGACACGUGCCUUGUGGCAGGUUGGGGGAAAACCACCCUUUCGAAUGAUUCAUUGCCAACUACACUGAAAGAGGUGGAUCUGACAGUACAAGAUGAACAAGAAUGCAAAUCUGCCAUCCAUGCCUACUCUGCUCUCACUGAGAUUUGUGUGGGACACCCAAAGGAAAUGAAGAUCUCUUCUGAGGGUGAUUCUGGGACUCCCCUUGUGUGUAACAACAUGAUCCAAGGCAUUUUCUCCUAUGGAGCAAAGGACGAGACACCCCCAGUAGUCUUCAUGAAGGUGUCCCACUUCCUGCCCUGGAUAAAGAAGACCAUGGGGCAGUUCUAACAGCAGACAUAAAAUUGGCCUCCUCUGUGCUUCAUCAUCUUUACUGAGGCAGAGGAAGCCUCCUGUGAGCACAAGCCACUGCGCAGUGACAAUAAAUGGAUUUAAAGAAUG